ACCUGAAGGUCUAGAGAAGUUCUAAAAGCAGGCGUUCUUUCAGAGCACUGCAUUGAAGAGCUGCGUUGAUUUGAGCUGGAGCCUACUGGACUGUUCCAGGUUUUCAUCCCAGUAUCAUUUCUUCUAAAACAGUGGCUAUAAGAGAGGACAGAUCUGGUGGACAAAGGACAAAGUUAAACACUUAUUUUGAAAAAUAUUACUUUGGAUGCCACAGAGUGAAGGACACCACGAUUGAGCCAUCUGAGUUUCGAAACCCAUAUAUCGGACAUGACAAAUAUGAAAAUAAACAUCAAAUAGGAGUACAUCACUGUACAGAUCCUUACAGUGGAAUUAACCACCGUGCUUUCGAGGAAAACUGUAUAUCAGAGGCUAUUGCUGUUGGAUCUGAGAGUUUACAGUCAUGUCUCCGUUCCUGAGGAUAGGUUUUUCGAGUUUUGAGAUGGACCCAGGGCUUGCCUACCAUGAAGAAGUACUCAAUCCAUACUGUGCUGUCUACAUGAAAGAAGCUGUGGAGACUGAAAAGGGUCAGGUGUACAAACAGAAGCGGCCCACCAUGUAUCCCCCCUGGAGCAGCACAUUUGAUGCUCACGUCCACAGAGGACGAGUAAUGCAUGUGGUGGUCAAGGACAAGACGGCUGAGCUAAAGACGGAGGCUACUGUUCAACUCGACACCCUCGCUUCACGCUGUAAGAAAGAGAACGGCAAAUUGGAGAUCUGGGUUGAACUGAAGCCACAGGGUCGCUUAUUGAUGGAAGCGCACUAUUUUUUGGAGAGGAGUGACGCUUCAGGUCACGGUGAAGGAGAUGGAGAAACCGAACGGGAAAAAGAAGGAGUGUUCGCACUGCAUCACAGACGAGGAGCCAUCAAACAGGCUAAAGUUCAUGUGGUCAAAUGUCACGAGUUUACCGCCACCUUUUUCCCUCAGCCGACCUUCUGUUCAGUCUGCAAGGAGUUUGUCUGGGGCCUGAAUAAACAGGGAUAUCAGUGUCGGCAAUGCAAUGCUGCCAUCCAUAAAAAGUGUAUCGACAAAGUCAUCGCCAAAUGCACAGGCUCAGCAAUAAACAGUAAAGAAACCAUGAUCCAUAAAGAACGUUUUAAGAUUGACAUGCCUCACAGGUUUAAAGUGUAUAACUACAUGAGCCCGACAUUCUGUGAGCACUGCGGAACCUUGUUGUGGGGUCUUGCUCGGCAGGGCCUUAAAUGUGAAGAGUGUGGUAUGAAUGUUCACCAUAAAUGUCAGAGGAAAGUAGCAAACCUUUGUGGCAUCAACCAGAAGUUAAUGGCAGAGGCCCUGGCUAUGAUUGAGAGCACUCAACAGCAGGCUCGCAGCUCACGGGAUAAUGAGAUUGUUGGUCGAGAGGGUCCAGUGGGCGUAAGUCAGGCAGGGGUCACUAGAGAGCCUUCAGGCCACUUACCAAUUUCACCCCUCACGCCUGCACCCCCUCUACCACGCAAAGAGCAUCAAGGUAUUUCAUGGGACACUCCGGCUGAGGGCCGCAGGCCAAGUCUUGAACAGUCUGAACCCCUGUACGCCACCCCACGCAAAGAGCAUCACAAAUUCAACCUAGAUCAUUUUACUCUGCAUAAGAUGCUGGGCAAGGGAAGCUUUGGAAAGGUAUUGCUGGCUGAGCUGAAAGGCACAGGGCAGUUUUUUGCAGUAAAGGCAUUGAAGAAGGAUGUAGUUCUGAUGGAUGAUGAUGUUGAAUGCACUAUGGUGGAGAGGAGAGUGCUGUCUCUGGCCUGGGAACACCCCUUUCUCACACACCUCUACUGCACCUUUCAGACCAAGGAAAAUCUUUUCUUCGUGAUGGAGUACUUAAAUGGGGGCGACUUAAUGUUCCACAUCCAGGCCUGCCACAGAUUUGACCUCCCACGGUCCACGUUCUAUGCAGCUGAGAUCGUUUGUGGGCUGCAGUUUCUACAUUCUAAAGGCAUUGUGUACAGAGAUCUUAAGCUGGAUAACAUUUUGCUAGACAUCGAUGGUCACAUAAAGAUUGCAGAUUUUGGCAUGUGUAAAGAGAACAUGUUUGGAGAAGCUAGAACGUGCACCUUCUGUGGAACCCCAGACUACAUCGCUCCUGAGAUUCUACUUGGGCAGAAAUAUGGGACUUCUGUAGACUGGUGGUCAUUUGGUGUCCUUCUGUAUGAGAUGUUGAUAGGCCAGUCCCCAUUUCAUGGCCAUGAGGAGGAAGAGUUGUUUCAGUCGAUUCGCACAGAUGACCCGUGCUACCCACGCUGGUUAAGUAGAGACGCAAAUGAUAUUCUUGUAAAGCUAUUUGUCCGGGAACCAGAGCGAAGGCUGGGUGUGAAAGGAAAUAUAAGACAGCAUGCAUUCUUCAGAGACACAGACUGGAACGCACUAGAGAAACGGCAGGUGGAGCCGCCCUUCAGGCCAACAGUGAAAUCAGCAGGUGACUGUAGCAACUUCGAUAAGGAGUUCAUAAAUGAGAAGCCUCGACUUUCCGUCACAGACCGUAUCAUCAUCAACAGCGUGGACCAGACCAUGUUCAACAACUUCUCCUUCAUCAACCCCGCCAUGGCCCAUCUCAAGAGCCCCUGACUCGCACACAAACAAAGGACAUUUGUGCAAAUACUGUGAAAACCUCCAAACCAAAAGGCAAACACUCACCUGAACAUCAUGUCAGUCUCUAGUCAACCUCAUUUAAUGCUAUGGUCAGUAAAUAAAAGACACAGUAGUGUCAAAUUAUGUCAUAUAAUAUAAGUUGCAUAUUGUAAUUAUUAUAUUAUUUGGUGCCUCCUUGCCUCCUUUUUUGAGGUGCAACACAAAAAAAGCAUUUGAACUAGCAAAAGAAGAACGUGUUGGUUUAUAAACAAGAAGGUAAUAUUGAGCAACAUAUAUUAUAGACACAUUAUUGCCUACUUAUAUUUUUGCUCCGCCACUGUUCUAACAAACUUAAAACAGGUAUAAAUCACAAGUGUUUUUUCAAUCCUUACCCGAAGAUACAAUAUGUAAGUUUUCACCGCUA